CAGAUUCUAACUGGUCUCCGUUAAAAAUCGACGCGAGUGAGAGUUACCUUUUCAGUCAUAUAGUGCUCGGGCCACAGAGCGAGACGCAAUAGGUUGGCCACGGGAACCUCAGCUUAAGGGUAGCGCAACGUCCACCACGUGUGCGUCUGUAACAAGGUGACCAUGCUGCCGAUCAUCUUCCUGGUAUGCACGACCGUGAUAAAAGCAUCGCUGCAUGUGGAAGCACAACCGCUGCAGAAAACCAAAGCAAAGCAACAGCCACUGUCAACCGCCACCAACAAAUUUGGCGUCGACCUUCUGAAGCGCUUACCCGUCAACCAGGAGCACGUCUUCUUCUCACCGUACAGUCUCAGCGUGGCCUUGGCGAUGCUGUACCACGGUGCCAGGGGAGUCAGCGAGAAAGAACUCAGCCGAGUCCUCGGGUACGAAGCAGCUGGGCUCACGAGAAAGGACGUCUUGAAAGGGACGGAGUUGCUCUUGCAGGAGUUAGAUCGUCACGAUGAGAAUAUUACUCUCGAAGUCGCGAACGCUGUUCUUGUACCGCCAAAAUUUCCCGUCGUGCACGCCUACGCGGAAGACAUCGAGAACAUUUUCGAAGCAUUUUUUAAAAUAGUGGAUUUUGGAACGGACACUGAACGGGCGCUCGCUGAACUCAAUGGUUGGGCGAAGAACAAGACGAGAGGUAAGAUAAGCAGUUUGGUUGAUGCACUGAGCGAGGAUACGGUCAUGGCCCUUCUGAACGCCGUCUACUUCAAGGCCGCCUGGAAGAAUGGGUUCGAUGACAAGUCUACACUGAAACUUCCUUUCUACAACUACGGCAAGUCUCCUACACAGGUGAGCACGAUGCUGCGGCGAGGAACGUAUCCGCACGCCUUCGCUUGGCAGCUCAAAGCAGAUGUGCUCGAGCUUCCCUACGCAGGCGAUGGGUUCAGCAUGUUUAUCCUGCUUCCCCGUGGGCGUAAGGGGCUGAUCAAGACGUUAAAAAAAGUAACUGCUCCGAAGUUGAUCGCAGCAACGAAGAAGGUUAAGAACACGACCGUCGAAUUAAGGCUUCCCAAGUUCAAGCUCUCGACCAAGUACCAACUCAAAGAAGGUCUUAGUAAGCUGGGCGCACGAUCCAUUUUCGAUCAGAGAGAUGCGAACUUCACAGGAAUCGUCGCCUUCGAUUAUUUGUACGUUUCGGGAGUAUAUCACAAGGCGACGUUUGGAGUGAACGAGAAGGGCAGCGAAGCGGCGGCAGCCACCGCGGUGGUCAUUGACGUCAAAAGUGCAGCCACUAAGUCUUUCAAGGUAGAUCAUCCAUUCCUGUUUUGGAUUGCCGAUAAGCGUGAAGAUACGAUCCUAUUUUUGGGUGUGGUUAAUGCACUGAGUGAGAGCAGUGAGAGCACUGAAGCACCGAAAAAUGCUGGGGAAGCUGAAAAUGACUGGAAUGGAGCCUGGAACACUGAUGAAAGACACGAAGAGGGUGACGUCGUGACCGACUUGACACGUGGAGAUGGACGACGAAUUUCAUCGUGACGAUACUCAAGGGAACCCGUGGAAAUAACGAAGAUAAUGUGACGAUUGAAAGGACAAUACAAAAAGCCGAUGUAUAAAUGUCGUAACAAAAUGUAAUGGCAAAUAAAAUUGUUAACGUUAUGCUA